GGGGGAGCCUGAGCAGGAGGCAGUUGUGCUGAUGAAGUGGAAGAGCUGGUUGUACUUCUAUUGCAGGGCAUAAGUGUUUUGCAGGAGGCUGCUCCUAGUUUCCUUUCCUGGGAGUUGUGCAAUCUUUGUUCUCUGUGUUCUCUGAAGAAGGGAAGGGAAGGGGGGGGAGCCAGUUUUCGCCGCCGCCGCCGCCGCGCUGCAGUUGCUGUCGCCUUCGCAAGCUAAGGUUCUUCUCUUCCCGCCUCCCCCCCUCUCUUCUGUUCCCCAAGCUGUGAUCUCAAAUCUGUGACUCAGAGACUUGCAAUCCUGACACUGCAACGUGCGGUUGGCGGCGGAGAGGGAGAAUGAACCGGGGCUCUCGACGUCCGAGCCAGGUACGCUGCAGGACUGUGUGCGCAGAAGGAGCGCUGAGCGGGCUGACAACCGCACGGGAUAUCCGCGAUUGUAGGGGAAACUUCCUGCUUUCUUUCCGGGGAGCCUUUGGCGAGGAAGGUCGGUUCCUUAGUCGUUGUUGCUGUUUGGAUUGGGACUUAACUGUAAGCAGAGCGAUGGUAACUAACCGGGCUUCUAUUUGGCGCAUGAAAGCAAGGAGGUACUUUUCUUCUUGGAUUUACUGUACGUUGCUCAAUGCUGUUCCCAGUAGAAUGGAAUGAAUGGACUGCCUUCAAAUCGUUCCAUCUUAUGGCGACCCUAUGAAUAGGGUUUUCAUGGUGCUGAAACUUUGUGGACCUCUGAGUAUAAAGAGGGCAGACUAACUGGAAUCUUACCUCUCUGCAUGGACUAGACUGAAGAGAGAAAAAAGAUUUUUGCUGCCUUUAUACUGGCCCUCCCCUUUGUGCUCCAGCACUAGCAGUGGGUUGACUGUUAAUCUGAUAUAUAUUUUUCUUUAUCCCUGGGAACACAGACUGAACCAUGAGUCUGCAGGCUCAGCCAAAGUCUUCAAGCAAGAGGGCUGGGAAGCGGAUUGCAUUUUUUAACGAGCAAGGCCUCUUGCUGAAAGAAGCCCAGCAGCAGCUUCUGAAAGAAGGGCAAUACUUCAACCAUGGGGGGAAUGUACCUUCCUCCCAGGGAAUAGAGCUUUCCAAGUCAGGCAUAUACAGUGGAGUCCCCAGCAAUGCUGCUUUGCUGAACUCUGUGUAUCAAGAUAGAGGCGAGGCAAGGAUGAUUUCCCAGCAGUUGUCUGCUGCCAAAUGGCAGAACUCCCUGAUGGGGAACCGGUUGCCGGAGUGCAGUGAUGGCACUUGGCAGCCUCAGCCUGGAGGCUGGAAUCAUGGGAUGGUUUAUGGGGGCAGCCAAAAAGUGGGGCACCCCAAUGCCAACAUCCCCAGUUUCUACAACCACCCGGAUGCCCUGAAAAGAAACCAGGAGAAAGGUGUGGUGGUGUCGCAGCUAGAUCUGUAUGGAGGUGCUGUCCAGCAGAUGAUGUCUCAAAAAGCCCAGUUGGAACAGCAAGCCCUGGUCAGACAGCAAGCCCAGAUUAAUUCUUUUCAGCAAAUGCAGAAGCAGCAGCAGCAGCAGCAACAGCAGAAUCAGAGCCUCCCUCUGCAGCCUUUUCAGCUUGCCUUUGGUCACCAGGGACAGAAGCAGGGUCUCCCUGAAUUGUUGCAUGUCUUUCAACAAGCUCCCCCUACUCCCACCCCAGCCUUUACCACCCAGCAGACGCAACAAGCUCUUCCACAGUUGCAGCUGUUUGAAAACUUUUAUCCUCAACAGCAGCAACAGCACCAUCAGCAGCAGGCAGUUGUGCAAGCCUUUGGCAUUCAGCAGCCUGCCUCUGCCACACAGCCUCGUGGGGCAGCACCACCCCAACCUCCUCAGCAUCAUAUGGUUUCCCACCAGUUCCAUCCAGUUCCUGACCGGAACCAAGAGCUGCUGAAAGCCCUAACAGAGCCAAAUCCACAGACUGUCCUGCCACAGGCCCAGAUCCCUCUCCCAAGGAGGUCACGGAGACUCUCUAAGGAAAGUGUCUUGUCAGCGUCUUCUGCAGAAGAAGCAUUGGCAUCCAAGCCAGCUGAGGAAUAUUCUGGUAACAUGUUGCCACAUCACUGGCAACCCCAGCAGCAUCCAGAAGUCCAGUUUCGACAUCAGCCUGAACCUUUCAGUCACAACAAGGAGACUUAUUCGCAACUGAACAGAGCAGAGCUGGAACUUGGGGAGAUGCCACCUGAUGGUCAGCCAGGCCAGCCUGAAAUGGAGAAAGUGGGCACAUAUGAGAAUGCCAGGCAAGCAGAAAAGCAGGUGGCCACAACGGAGAGAGCUAAUGACUUUGGUGGGGUUAGAAGUGGUGUCAUCCAGAGCACACGGAGAAGACGACGUGUUUCUCAAGAAGCCAACUUGCUAACCCUGGCUCAGAAGGCUGUGGAGCUAGCUUCUCUUCAGAAUAUCAAAGAACCAGAAGCUUCAGAGGAAAGGAGCAAGAGUGAAGUGGGAGUAACUGCACCUAGGAGCGUUGUAGAGUUUGCUGGUUCUUCACCAGCCCCAAAGAGAGGCAGGGAGGAUAGCAGCCUUGUGCCUCUCAUCAUUCCUGUAUCUGUACCAGUGAGGAGGCUGGACUGCCAUGAGGUUGGAAGCGAGAAGGGUGAGGAUGGAAAGCUGCACCAUUUCAUGAUAAAUGACCAUGGGCUUUCUGAAAGCAAGCCUUCUGUAAUAGUCACCCGGAGGAGGUCCAAUCGCAAUUUGAACAUGGACAUGUCAGCCCAGCAUGAAGGUACUGCUCCAAAAGAAGAAAUGGAAGGUUUUGCACGGAAACCAAAGCAGCGGCCCAGACCAGAGCCUCUCUUCAUACCACCAAAAGCUGGCACGUUCAUUGUUCCGCCAGUCUACGCCAACAUCACACCAUACCAGAGCCACUUGCGCUCACCUGUCCGCUUGGCAGAUCACCCUUCUGAUAGAAACUUUGAGCUACCUCCUUACACUCCCCCACCAAUACUUAGCCCAGUGCGAGAGGGUUCUGGACUGUAUUUCAAUGCUAUCCUUUCUGCUAGUGGCAACUCGGUUCCACCUCCCAUGACUCCUAAAAGUGCGCACAGGACACUGCUCAGAUCCAAUAGUGCAGAAGUCACCCCUCCUGUCCUUUCUGUAAUGGGAGAGUGUACUCCUGUCAGCAUUGAACCACGGAUCAACGUGGGGUCCCGGUUUCAAGCAGAAAUCCCAGCUCUUAGAGAUCGAUCUCUGGCAACCUCUGACAAGGCCAAGGCAGAAUUGGUGUGGCAGCCAUGGGAGGAGCAUGAAACGGACAUGUCUACCCUAGAGAAUGUGGAGAACCUGCUAACUGCUGCUUGCUCAAGUGUAUUUCCUGGAGGUGGUACCAACCAAGAGCUGGCAUUUCACUGCUUACAUGAAACAAAAGGAAAUAUUCUGGCUGCUCUGACCAAAAUGCUGCUGAAGAGAUCUAUAUGGCCUGCAAGCCACCCGCUGGCAGACUAUCACUACACAGGAUCAGAUAAGUGGAGUACACUUGAGAAAAAGCUCUUUAAUAAGGGGAUUGCCAUCUACAAGAAAGACUUCUUCUUAGUUCAGAAACUUAUAAAAACAAAGACUGUGGCCCAAUGUGUGGAGUUCUAUUAUACAUACAAAAAGCAAGUGAAAAUAGGCCGGAAUGGGACAUUAAUCUUUGGGGAUGUUGAUGUAGCCAGUGAAAGAGCUAUUAAAGAUGAAGCUGAAGUUGAUAUCAAGAGUUCUCAUAGGCUUACACGAACUCUUCCUCCCAGAACAUAUAAUGAAGAUUAUGAAAACACUGAAGAUGAGGAAGAAGAAGAGGAAGCGGACAAUGGAUUUGUGAUAAAACAGGAAGUGAUAGAAGCAGAUGAGUUGCAUGACAAAAACAGCACAAUGCCUCUCAAACCUAUACAGGCUCUACACACUGAGGACCAGGUUGGUAGUCUGCUCACAGAAAAAAGGCAGGAGCCUGCUGUUCCAAGAGUGGCAGAAGCCAGAGGCAGAACUUCGCGGAGAACAAAGGAAAUGCCCAUUAAAUACCGAAAGACUUCUCCGCCUGCCCAGAAGAGAAAAAGAAAGCCCAAGCCCAAGCAAGAUACCACCAACAAAGCCCAGAACCAAGAGGAGGAAUUUCCAUGCAAAAAAUGUGGCAGGGUCUUCUACAAGGUGAAAAGCCGCAGCGCUCACAUGAAAAGCCACGCUGAGCAAGAGAAAAAGGCAGCAGCUUUGAAGCAGCGAGAGAAGGAAGAGGCGGAGGCAGCAGAGGCAGCCGCAGCAGCUCGCAACCGGGCUCAGCGUGAGGAAAGCAGUGACAGUGGAAGCAGCAGCGGGAGCAGCAGCAGCAGCAGCAGCUCAGAUGAAGACGGAGAGGUCUAGCAGAGGCUCAGAGGAGGCCGUACGGACCCUUUGGGCCUUGAGAUGUAUUUGCAUCUGCACCUGUAUUCUUCAUCUGAACAGACUCCCAGCCCUCUGGCUUCCACUUCUUUACUUGCCUUGCUGACACAGACUGAGUUCAACUGGUAGAUUUUAAAAGAGAGGGGAUUUAAAAUCUACUUUUUAAAGAACAUCAAAAUUUUAUGAAUCAUUUUAUUUAUAAAUGUUUCAGUACCUAUCUGAACAAAUUAUCCUGGCGUGGAAUCCAGUUUUCCUUUAAUUCAAGCCACCCUUCCGUGGGCUCACCAGGAAUCAUGGCCAAAAGCCUUAGGCAUGGCAUCCACAUCAGAGAGAGGGGUGGGGAGAAGAGAGAGAAACCUGCAAAGCAUCCAAAAUUGUUUCCAUUUUGCUUUUUCUAACUUUUCUCUAGGAGUUCCUUGCAGUUUUGACACUCAUUGAAAAACUUAGUUAGGGCUCCAACUAAUACAUGUUUUCUCUCCUCCAUGGUCUGACUUUGUGUAAAGAGGGUAGAUAAUUCAUAAAUCCCAACUGCUGUGGUAUAUAUGCUGAGAAGUGACAGAUGCCUCUGGAUUUUAUCAUGAAGCCGCCAUGUUCUGUAACCCAAGUGAGUUGGAUUUGGUGUUGGUUAUUUUCCUUUUUGAUCCUUUUCAGAUGGUCCACAAAAUAAUAGCCACUCAAAAAAGAUUCCAGUUAUAAACAUUGCAUGUUUUCCUUUUUUAAACACCCAUAUGAGAAUACUCAGGGUAACUUGACUGGUUUAAGAAUAUAUAUAUAUAUUCAUUCCUACAUGCACUUGGACAACCCACACUACUGGCCUUAGCAUUUACCAACUAAAGAAGAGCCUUAAUUCACAGUGUUUACAAUUAGCACUCCGUAGAUCUAAGACAUUAAAAAAAUCAAGGAUAUCAAGCAUACUGAGAAGGGGAAAUCUAGAUUUGCAGUGAUAGUGCCCCAGGAUUUCUCUGUGGGGAAAAAGUUAGUAUUUAAAUGGCAUAUAUGCCACAAUUAACUGCAGUGUUUGUAGUUGUCAUCUUACGUUGUAUAGAAAGGUAUCUCCACAUUCCUGCAGAUGAGAGUACCAGUUUUCAACCUUGCAGUGGGAGAAGAAGCAGGGCAGAAGAUGCAUCUGUCUCAAAGAGAAGGUACCCUAUCCCCUUCUCCUGCUGCAGAGUCAACAACUGGUAGAGACAGAGACAGAAAACUAAAACAUUGCCAUUAGUAGUGGUGUUGGUUUAUUGCUCGUGUGUGUUAAAAUGCUGCUCAAAUGUACAGCAGCUAGUUAGGUAGAAGAUUACGAAUGUUCAAGGACUAGAUCUGUAAAUUAUAUCUAGGAAGAUCUGGGAUUCCAUACUAAAAUUCCUGAGUUCACAGAUAUAGGAACUCCUAAUUAUGCAAAUACAAUUGAAUUUAUUUGCACAUUUCAGUUGUCACAUUUGUGUUUUUACUUGUUCUUAAAAGAAUGUUGACCUUAAAUAAAAAAUCAAGGGCUAGAACAGUGAAAGAGAAGACAGUAUAUCCCCAUUAGUUGUUAGCAGAUAGUAGCUACAUAUGUUUAGAGAUGUUUACCAUUCUAAAAUCAUGAAGGCUGUGAAAGCUCAGAUGUUGAGAAUUCUGUAAAAUGCAUUAACAUUCUGCAGUGGAAGCUUUGAGUGUGUCACAAUGGGAUUGUGUCUCGGCAGUUUUCAGGAUCUCCUGAAAACUGCUGAAACCACCAACUUCUAGAAGUGUACAUAGAUGUUAUUGAAAAGGUUGGCUUUAAAUCCCUGCUUCCCAUCACCAGUGGCAGUGUGAUCAACAAAUGAAGAUCGAAAUAUAUCUUCCCUCUGAAGAAAUGGGUUAAUAUGAAUAAGCCAUGACACGUUUACUUUGCUAGGUUGCUGUUGAUACCACCAGCUACCGAAUGCAUUCAGCUGAGCUGCAUGAUCAACAGACUCUUACAUGGUGCAGUUUUUUACUUGACUGUAUUCAAAAUAUAGCCUCAGGAUUGUAUAUUUCAAUGCUGUCAUCUAUAUUUUUUAAAAAACACAUCUUCUAGACAGUGCAAAUAAUAUUGGAAAUGGAUUAUAGACUAGUUUUCUUUAUGCUGGGAUUUUAAAGUGAAGGAGAGUUUUAUCCUUCACCUUUAGUCUGAAGUGAUACAGUCCAAGUGCUGGCUGUAUGAUUCUGCUGAUCAUCAGCUUGGACUAUGGUGGCCUAUAGUUUGGUAGCCCAGCGCAUGCUUUUGCAAGUCAAAGCUCCCAGGUUCAACCUCUGACAUCUCCAGUUAAGACUUUGUGGUGGCAGCGCUAGGAAGGAACAGUCAGAGGAUACAGUACUAAGCUAGAUGGAUUGAUAAAUCUUCAGUCCUUAUAAGAUGACUUAAAACAUGUUCAGCUUCAUAAUGGAAAAACUCCCAUGCUGCUAAAGAAAACAAGCAUUUGUACCUUUUUUAGUUACAGAAUAAUGCAAAUUCCGCUAGAACUCUUAAGUGAGUCCUUCCAGCACAUCAUAAAAGCAGUUUCCAACUCAAACUGAUGGGCCAAGAUUUGUGUGUGUUCUUUUUUGUACAGCUUCAGGCAUGUGACACUUUUCCUCAUUCCUCUCUUCCUAUGUUUGUUUUUAUUCCCUCUCCUUUCAGAUUAUAGAUCUUUGCAAUACAUAAUAGUAAGAAAGUAUAUUUUCCCCUUUUUAAAUGUGGCACAUUCUGGGGUGUGUGGCUUUUAAUUGGAUCUUUUUCUUUUGCAGAUAGCCUGGACUUACUCCUGCCUAAAGGCUCAAAAAGUUUUGUUCAGAUAUUCACUAGAAAGCUGUGUAAAGAUCAGGGUCUCUUCCCCCCCCCCCACUUUUAAUACUCUGGGAAAUAGGUCUAGAAAAUGAAUCCAUGAUAUUAUUGGUAUAGAAAAUAAAGUCUGCCUUAAAAGGGGGAGCUAAAUUAAAACAAUAUUCUGUGUUGAAAUAGAAUAUAUUUUCUGAAAUUGAAGAAAAUGCCCGUGGACAUUUUCUUGAAAGAAAAAAGGUGUGCAUGUGGAUCAGUUAACAAAUAUGUCCCAAAUGCAGUUGGCACAAUCCAGCACAGAGCACUUUAGGCUUCAUUGUGACCCAUUUUGUGGCUACAAAAAGGGGACUCCAUAAAUGGGACUUCUAAAAUUUUAGUCAUAUUAUAUGAAUAAUAAAAAAUGAAUCAAUUAAAUUAUCCCCAUCAGUCAAAGGGGAAAAAAAUUAAAUGUUCUGCUGUUUGUUGUAACAAAAUGGAAGCUAGUUUUAUAUGGGGGUAAAUCCUGAUUCAUGUCUGUUUCAAGGGCAUGGGACAAAAUCCAGUAAAGUUAGCCAUGACUAAAUCAGAUUUAAAUAAAUGGAAAUUCAUUGAAAGCUACAUCCCAUUUCAUAGCUUUUGAUUGGCCUUAGGUUAUGGAUACAAUUGAACAAAUCAGUAUUGACUGUACUCCUUUAGGUAAAAGCAGAACUGAAUUGCCUUUACCUCUUGUUCUCAUCUUCUUUUCAUGAGCAUAGAGCAAACACAUGGAUGGGGGAGCAUUAUUAUGCUUCCUGAUGCUGACUUAUGCAUUUAUUUCCCACAGUCCCUUGUGAUAAGCAUAAUAUGAAAACAUUCUCUACAUGUGUAGAAAUGUAUGUGGGAGAUAUACAUGCAGUGGGAACCUUGGUGUGAUAAGAGAUCCACACAUGCAUAUUAUGAAACUCGGUGCAUGAAACAGAGAUGAGAAUAGGGUUCCUGUAUUCUAAAACACUGGCCUUCAAAUGUUGGGUUACAGCCUAGCCUAAGGCUGGUCAAAACAACACUACCAUCAUACAAAAUACAUGAUAAAAAUUGACAAGUGUGUGUCACAUCUAAAAAGGUAGAAGAUUGCUGUUUUAGAAUAAACUCAAAUACUGGGUGGAAAAUCGACAGUGGUAUCUUAAUUGCUGGAUGCAGUGCUUGAUUCUAAAAUCAUCAAUGCCAUCUUUAAAUAAUUGCAACUGUUCUUCACUUUGAAGACCACCUACUUUGAUUUCUCUCCAUUUUGCAGUCUGUAUAUAAUAGACAUUAUUUUAUAGCCAGUGGUCUCCAUGUGGAGUUUCAGGUUAUCUUAGAAACCAGAGAUAUCCUACUUCUGUGUAUUAACCUAGUCAGUGAAAGUAUUUUACAGUAAGGUCCUCAUAAAUGAGAAAAUUCUUCAAAAAGUUUAUAAAAUCUAGUAGCCCACAACAUUUGACCCGUUCACUUAGGCAUCUUUGCUAAUCAUUUGUGGCACAUUUAAUGACCUGAAAAGGUGUAGGAACAAAGUCUCUUCUGAUUUCCAAAUACUUCCCUGGCUGGUUACCUGGCUGCUAUUUUCAUUCAGCCAUUCACCAGCUUGCCUCUGGUAUCUAAAAGCUUGGAUUAGAAUUCUUCUUAUGCUAAAUUUAGAUUAAUAGGCAUGGUUACAAAAUUGGCCUUUUUUCCUACUAAACAUUGAAUGAUGGAUGUGGCCUCUACUUUUGAGUUGUCAUGGGUUUGUAGAAACAGGAUCCCCACUCUGCCUUUCUGCUGGGUGUGUAAUAUUCAACAUCCUAUGACAGCAUGUUUAUGAAGACACUUUUUUGAGAUUAGAUGGAACUCUACUGUAGUUUCCCAAUAUAUUGCAACCGAGCUGCAUGCUGCAGUUUCACAUUCAGCACAAUAUAUAAAAUCAUUUGCAAGGUGGCUAGUGAAAUUUUAAAAAGAAUUGAACGCUACAGCACACAUCUUAAUUUCUGAUUGCUGUCCAUCGUUUUAUUGAAAAAGCAACUGGACAAACAGAUGAGCUAGCCAAAUACUACUUGGCUUAACUGCAUUUCUAGAACAUCACUUUAGCUAAUUAGCAUUUUAUUCAUAAUACCUAACAGCACAUCGUAUGCAUGUGUUACUCAGAAAUAAGUCCUAUAAAGGACCAGAUAAGCAUGCAGGUGAGCGUGCCUAAGGCUGCAAUUCUAAGCCCAGUACUAGGGAAUAAGUCCUACUCAGGUCAGUGGCAUUUAGUUCUUAGAAAACAUGCUUAGGGGUGCAUUGCACAUCCAGUUAAGCAUAAGAUUGUUAAAGCUGCAAAUGAAUGUCCCUUCAAGUCAAUGGGAAAGCCUUUUUUUUGCUGAUUCCAUAAGGAUGCCUAUUCUCGCCAUGUUUCUUGCUAUCUUUAUGAAAUGUUCAUAACCAACCAAUCAAAUCUAACCAACUGCUUUUCAGAAAGUUAUAUGGUGGCUGUUUAUCCUUAUACUUCUUGGUUUGCUUCCAUUUCUCCCCCUGCUAGCAAGAGAUCUUGAGUGUACAACACUGUUGUAAUCUAGUGUCUCACAGAGUAUUAUUCUUUAAGCGCUUUUUUGCUACUUAUCAAAAUUAUUUGUUUCCCAAGGCUUUUCCCCAUACAGUUCUUUCCUCUAGUGCAGGUUUACACAAAUGGUCUUCUAGUGACCACUUUCAUAGGAAUUAAUUCAAUAUUUUGGAGGAGAUGGAAACAGCACAAAUGCUUCUGCUUCCAUUGUUUGUUUUUCUUCAAAAUUGAUCUGAAAACCAUCCACUUGGGUUCAGCUGUCUGUUUAAUCCCAAAUAUUUACCACUAUAUUGCAGAGCUGAAAUUUUCCAGGCAUUGUGACUGUGCAGCUUCCUUCAUUUCAGUGGGGCUGCUCAGGAUUCCUGCCCAAGCUGUGUUAAGAUGAGUGGACUUUUUUAGGCUGGCUGGUCAGGCUGUCACCCUAAUCUCCAGCUGCUUACAUUUUCUCCUUUCUCCCUCUCUUCCCCCAUCCAUCCCCUUUCUGGAAUAUGUGGUUUAUAUCAACAGCUGAACCUAUAAAAAUGCCCAGCUGCUUAUGUUCAGAAAGAGGUGAAGAUAUAUUUUUGUAAAAUAUAAUUGUGUGUGUGCUUUUUUAACACCACCUUUUCCUCUGUUUGCAUCUUCCAAGUUUUAUGGUGGUUCUCCAGAAGCUCAGAUUUGGUACCAAUUGGCUUUUCUUGAGUCGGUUUUAAUUUGUAAUGCUGGAGUUUGUGGUUUUUUUUGGUGUACAGAAAUAGUCUGCCUCCUUGUAAUUAUUGUAUAAAUGCUUUUUAUCAAAGUAUAGAGCUUUUAUUUUAACAAAUAUGCAGAAACUGCCUUUUGUGUAUUUGCUGCACUUUUUGAACAGACUGUUACAUAUUAAAAUAUUGUACAUACAAAAAUAUUAUAUACCUCUUAUGUACAGAUGUGAUAGACCCGACAAUUUAUUUUUGUGCUUUUUUUUUUACAAAACAUUAAUACACUAAAGUCUUGCUGAUGUGAUUUAAUGUCCUCAUGUAACUUAUUUACUUCUGAAUGUUCCAUUGUAUUCUUUUUAAACCUUUUAUUAAAUAAGGUUUAAAAACAACUUUUGUAACAAGUUUUUUUAAUUGAAUAUUCUGAGAUAAGAGGGUGGUAAACUUUUUUCCUCCAUCUACGAUGGUGCUUUUUUUGUUUGACAUAAUUAAACAUGAUUGGUGUGCUGCAAA